GAAGCUGGAAGUCGGAGGCAUUUGAAUUAAACAUUGUCUUUAUGAAUUGAUUCUCCCCGUACCCGACUGUUAUACCUCUUAUAUUUCUCUUGCGUGCCUUCCCGGCCAAUACCUGCUGACAGAAAUCCGCGUCCUCCAGCUACUCGUCGGCCAUGGCUGCAAAUGUGUUUCCUAAGGUCAGUGUGACAUUCCGGAAUCUCUCUGUCUGUUUUGCCACAGAGGACUGGGCAAUUUUAACAGAGAGUGAUAGAAACAUGUACAAAGAUGCCAUCCAAGAAAUCUACAGGACUCUUCUUUCUAUGGGUCACAGAAUUAUGAAUCCUAAUAUUUUAAUGUAUACUGAAGAAACAGAGAAUUGUGGGGCCACAAAGAAACGAAAGUCGAAUGCUGACAUCCCUAAGCUACACAAUGCAGUUCAGGCUCCAGAUAUCUUGCUCUUGGUUGAGCAUGAAAAGACAGUUGGUGUUCUACCUUACCGAGAGAAAAGGGGAGCAGGCAAUAUGAAGUCCAUGAUGCUGUCAACUGAAGAAAAACAGGAUCAGAGUUCUCUUAGUCACAGUACAUGUGAAAGCACAAACAUCCAGGAAACAGCAGCUCCUGCCUUAUCUAUAUUCCCAUUACCUAUUAAAAAAGAAGAGGAGGAAGUGUACCCUGUGUUUCCUUGUCCAUCGAGAAGGGGAUUCACAGAAAAGGAUGCAAGCCCUGCCAGUUCCAGGGUGACUAGAGAAGAGAAAUCUACAUCCACACAUUCAGUGAAACAACGAGCCAGUAUUUUGAAUAAACCUACUAAAAACAAUGUUUACUUACAGAGAACACUAAACUUUGUCUACGAGAUUAAGCCAAGUUUUAUUUACUGUCCCCAGUACGACCAGUUACAGGACAAACCUUUUAAAUGUAAUCGGUGUUGCAAAUCUUACCCAUCCAAUGCACAGCUAAUGGUUCACCAGUGGAAUCACAGGUAGAGAAGAGUUUGUGUGCAAAUCAUCAGGGGCCUUAAAAACAGCUUUUAUAAUAAAACAAUUUAUUUGCCAAUAUAUAUUUUUAGUGUUUGGAUAUGCAAGUUAUAUUUUUUUUGUUGUAAGUUUCAUAUCUGUAAAACAGUACUUUGAAACUGUGGGGCCAGCCCUCCAAUGGAGGCUCAGCCUACAGGCCAGUUAAGGUGACAUUUGAGGAUAAUGCAAAUACAGUCAUAUGAAAAAGUUUGGGAACCCCUCUUUAAGUCUUUGGAAUUUUGUUUAUAAUUGGCUGAGCUUUCAAAGUAGCAUCUUCCUUUUAAUACAUAACAUGCCUUAUGUUAACAGUAGUAUUUCAGCAGUGACAGUAUAUUGGAUUAACUGAAAAUAUGCAUCAUAACAAAAUUAGAUCAGUGCAUAAAUUUGGGCACCCCAACAGAGAUAUUACAUCAAUACUUAGUUGAAUCUCCUUUUGCAAAUGUAACGGCCUCUAGACACUUCCUAUAGCCUUUGAUGAGUAUCUGGAUGGUGGUACUAUUCAGCCAUACAAAAUCUCUGCAGUUCAGUUAAAUGUGAUGGCUGCCGAGCAUGGACAGCCUGCUUCAAAUCAUCCCAUAGAUUUUCCAUGAUAUUCAAGUCGGGGAACUGACGGCCAUUCCAGAAUAUUGUACUUGUCCCUCUGCAUAAAUGCCUUUGUAGAUUUCCAAGUGUGUUGUCCUUGUCUUGUUGGAAUAUCCAACCCCUGCGUAACUUCAACUUCGUGACUGAUGCUUGAACAUUUUCCUGAAGAAUUUGUUGAUAUUGGGUUGAAUUCAUCCGACCCUUGAAUUUAACAAGGGCCCCAGUCCCUGAACUCGCCACACAGCCCCACAGCAUGAUGGAACCUCCACCAAAUUUGACAGUAGGUAGCAGGUGUUUUUCUUGGAAUGCGGUGUUCUUCUUCCGCCAUGCAAAUCUUUUUGUUAUGACCAAAUAACUAGAUUUUUGUCUCAUCAGCCCAAAGCAGUUUGUUCCAAAAUGACGGUAGCUUGUCUAAAUGAGCUUUUGCAUACAACAAGCAACUGUUUGUGUGUGAGUGCAGAAAGGGCUUCUUUCUCAUCACCCUGCCAUACAGAUGUUCUUUGUGCAAAUUGCGCUGAAUUGUAGAACGAUGUACAGAUACACCAUCUGCAGAAAGAUGUUCUAGCAGGUCUUUGGGGGUGACCUUUGGGUUGUCUGUAACCAUUCUCACAAUCCUCCGCAUAUGCCGCUCCUGUAUUUUUCUUGAUCUGCCAGACCUGGGUUUUACAGCAGCUGUGCCUGUGGCCUUCCAUUUCCUCAUUACAUUCCUUACAGUUGAAACUGACAGUUUAAACCUCUGAGAUAGCUUUUUGUAGCCUUUCCUUAAACUAUAAUAGUGAACAAUCUUUGUUUUCAGAUCUUUUGAGAGUUGCUUUGAGGAUCCCAUACGAUCACUCUUCAGAGGAGAGUCAAAUAGAAGCACAACUUGCAAUUGGCCACAUUAAGUACCUUUUCUCAUGAUUGGACACACCUGCCUAUGAAGAUCAAGGUUUAACAAACGAAUCCAACCAAUUUGGUGUUGCCGGUAAUCUGUGUUGAGCAGUUUCAUGCAUUCAAAUUAGCACAUUUUUGCACAGCCAGAUUUUCACAUUUGAUUUAAUUUCAUAGAACUGAAUACUGCUUCACUAAAAAUCUUUAUUCAGAAAACACCCCAGUACUCAGAUGUUCCUGAAAAAUGAAAGACAUCAAUGUUGUCUUUUUUUUUUUUGUUUAAAGUGGAGUAAAUAAUUAUGCAGGCUGAGAGGGGUUCCCAAACUUUUUCAUAUGACUGUAUGCUUUCCUUGAUAUCACUGCAAUGGGUGAGAUUUGGGAUGAAUGCUUGUAUGCUGUAUAACUGUUCCUGAACGGCUUAUACACCAAUGUGUUUCUAUAUCUGUAACCUUUAUAUUAGCUAAGGGUGGCCCUGAACAAAGACUGGUCCUUCAAGGAGGUUCUUAAACCAAUAAAGUAAAGGUGUCUUUUGA